UUGGAGAUUCUGACUCUGCGGGAGUCGUGUCAGGGGACCCUGGGAGCCAAUCUGCUUGAGCUUCUGCGUGAUAAUUAUUCAUGGGCUCCUGCCUCUCGCUCUUUCUCUAGCACGGUCCCACUCCGCAGACUCAGUGCCUUACUCAGACCAGACUCCUCUCUCGCUCUCUCCGCCGCUACAGCCGGACCCUUCGCCUUCGCCUUCGCCACCGCUCCGCGCGUGCACAUCCCUACAAUGGCUAAAACAGCAAUGGCCUACAAGGAAAAAAUGAAGGAGCUGUCCAUGUUGUCACUGAUCUGCUCUUGCUUCUACCCAGAGCCCCGCAACAUCAGCAUCUACACUUACGACGAUAUGGAGGUGAAGCAAAUCAACAAACGAGCCUCUGGCCAGGCUUUCGAGCUGAUCUUAAAGCCGCCAUCCCCCAUCUCGGAAGCUCCGCGAACUUUACCUUCUCCAAAGAAGAAAGACCUGUCUCUGGAGGAGAUCCAGAAAAAGCUGGAGGCCGCGGAGGAAAGAAGAAAGUCCCAGGAGGCUCAGGUGCUGAAACAAUUGGCAGAGAAGAGGGAGCACGAGCGGGAAGUCCUCCAGAAGGCUUUGGAGGAGAAUAACAACUUCAGCAAGAUGGCGGAGGAGAAGCUCAUCCUGAAAAUGGAACAAAUCAAGGAGAACCGUGAGGCUAAUCUAGCUGCUAUCAUCGAGCGUCUGCAGGAAAAGGAGAGGCACGCUGCGGAGGUGCGCAGGAACAAGGAGCUCCAGGUUGAGCUAUCUGGCUGAAGCAACGGCGGCGGCAUGGCACGCCCCUCCCAUAGUAAAUCCCCCUGCCUAUAUUAUAAUGGAUCAUGAGAUAUCAGUAUGGGAAGUGUAUGACAUGGUUUAAAAAGAACUCAUUAUUAAAAACAAAACAAAAAAAAAAACAGAAUCAAAAAUAAAAUAAAAUCAAUGCGGUCCCUUUGCAGAA